UGAUAAUUUGUUAUAAUGAUUGUCUAAAAAAAAUAAACACUCUUUCCGAAUUUAAGUUCAAAAUUUUUUUUUUAUACUCAAGAAUUUCGGUUGUCCAUCUAUUAUAUUUCAGCUUUCAAUCCAAGGAAUACAUUCCGUAAAAUAAAAGAAUGAUGAACAAUUCAGUAUUAAUGCUAUCUUAUACAAUUGUUUUAUCGUUAAUAUUACUUUUCAAAUUGCCUUACAACAUAGCUCAUUACAAUCAACCUCAAUAUGGAAUACCGGUCCAACAACAUCAACAAGUUUAUCAUCAACAACCUCCCCCUCAACAACAGUAUCAACAACAACAAAUUCCAAUACAGCAGCAGCAGCAACAACAACAACAACAAGUAGUUUAUCAAACACCCGGUCAGAUACCACAUUAUCAGCAAGUACCCCAAGCCGGUCAAAAUGUUCUGCAUGAUGAUAGUCGAAUUCAUGAUAAGGAACAUUUGAAGGAACAUUUACAUGAAGCAUUAAGCGAUCAGGAUGUAAGCAAAAUGAGUGAAGAAGAGUUGCAGUUUCAUUAUUUCAAAAUGCAUGAUAAUGAUAAUAAUAACAUGUUAGAUGGUAGCGAAUUGAUCAAAUCAUUGAUUCAUUGGCAUGUCGAAGAAAGUCGUCAUUUGGGAAAGAAUGCAUCGCCACAUGGAACGACGAAAAUAUUCACCGAUACCGAAUUGGAACAGAUGAUUGAUCCGAUUCUUCAGAUGGAUGACAAAAAUAAUGAUGGUUUCAUCGAUUAUCCCGAAUUUGUUGCUGCACAAAAAAAUCGAGGAUUCUAGGCGAACGGUCCAUUUAAACUCAGUCAUUUAAUCAAUUUUAGUCAUAAUAAAAUUGUUUGUUCUGUAAAGCCUUUUUUAAUCACGACCACCACCACCACCACCACUACGCAAAUCGCAAUUAAUUAUUUUCCGAUUUUUCCAAAUAAAAUUCCCUACGAAUUAUAAAAUUGAA